UCUGCGAGCUCACCCCGUAGGGUUAGGGUUUCAGGCGGGUAGCGAUGCGGAUCAAGAAAAAUGUCCCCAAGAUCGACAGGAAGCGAGACUACGACAUGAAGCUUUGUAAGUUGCUGAAUGAGUACUCCAGUGUGCUCAUAGUGGAGGCAGACCACGUCGGCUCCACCCAGCUCGCGGCCGUCCGCAGGGGCAUCCGCGGCGAGUCGGAGCUGCUCAUGGGGAAGAACACCCUCAUCCGCCGCUGCAUCAAGGUGCACGCCGAGGCGACGGGCAACGACAAGAUCAAGGCUAUCAUACCGCUACUCGAAGGAAACAUCGGUCUCAUCUUCACCAAGGCUGACCUCAAGAAGGUUCGCGAGGAGGUCGCCAAGUACAAGGUUGGGGCCCCUGCUCGUGUUGGGCUGGUUGCUCCUAUUGAUGUGGUGGUUCCCCCUGGCAACACUGGUCUGGAUCCCUCCCAAACUUCUUUCUUCCAGGUGCUUAACAUCCCCACCAAGAUCAAUAAGGGCACUGUUGAAAUCCUGGCCCCGGUGGACCUCAUCAAGAAGGGUGACAAGGUGGGCUCGUCCGAGGCUGCCCUGCUUGCCAAGCUCGGUAUCCGCCCAUUCUCCUAUGGCCUUGUGAUCACAAAUAUUUAUGAAAAUGGGUUAGUCUUCAGCCCUGAGGUUCUUGACCUCACGGACGAAGACCUGACUGAGAAGUUCUCUUCUGGUAUUUGUAUGGUUGCGUCACUGUCUUUGGCACUCUCGUACCCAACCAUGGCUGCUGCAGCUCAUAUGUUCGUCAAUGGGUACAAAAACGUGCUUGCUAUUGCUACUGAGACAAAUUACUCCUACCCUCAUGCUGAUCAGAUCAAGGAGUACCUCAAGGAUAAUGCAGAAACAUGUGCUGAACCCGGUGCCACAAAGACAGGACUAUCAGAGUUGCCGUUGGAUGUGAUAGAGAAGCUGCUGAAUCAUAUUUCUUGCCGUGGUGAUUGGGCUCGCCUUCGUUGUGCGAACAAGUUUUGGAAGGCAAAGGUAGAUGGUGCAAAAAGGCCCAUGCAGCUGCCAUGGCUUAUAUUGCCAUCAACCACGAAACCUACCUAUUACAGCACUGAUGGACAAGCCGUACACCGACUUCGCCUCCCGGACAGUGUCAGGAGAGCUAAAUGAAUCACUGGAGCACAUGAAGGCGAUUGGAUUCUUCUGGCUGAUGACACUAAAACCCCAUUAAACAAGAUUGAGGCUGAUGAAAAAUAAGCUAUACUACACAGGAACCAGCUCUACAACUUGAGCACUGGACGCGUUAUCCCUCUUCCGCAGCAAAUGUCUUCUCAUGGGGGAAGAGUUGAUGUUGAAGUGAGGGUAGGUGCUAUAGCUGGCUGCCUAGGUUCUCCCAAUGGGUUUGUGGUGGUUGCUAUUGUGCGUCCCUUAGAUAGCCCAUUUGAGCGUGCAACUUAUUGUAACCAGUCGAUGGAACUGUGGGACGAUUGCGAGUAUAUCGGAGGUCACAGGAUGGAAGAUGCAGUGGGGAACUACGUGCCACUUGAUGAUGAGCUGCUGGAUGUAGUCCACAGGGAUGGCUCUUUUUAUCUCUUGACCAACGAUGAAGAAGU